UUCCUCCCGCUUCUAAACAACUUACUUCACCCGCAGAAAUGUCACUGAAGCUCACAGCUGGUUCCGAUCCACAACACGGGCGUGAUGAAGCAGAAGCUGAGCCACUGCCCGCCACGUACAGUCCUCUGUGAAUACCAUUGUCUGUGCCGGAGCGCAGGUUAGUGUCGGUCCAUUAAAGAUGGCGUCAUCAGCAGCAGCAGCAGCAGCAGCAACAUGGAGGCUUCUCAGCUCUGCCAGCCUCCACGCUCCUCUGCGCCCACACCGCUUAUCAGCAGGCAGCAGUCGGCUGUGCAGCUCCACACAGACAACACAACGGGACAAGAAACCAAAGAGAUCUCCCUUCAGGCCGGCCCCCAGCUCCACGCACGACUGGAUUGGCCCACCGAACCCUCUCUCCAACCUGCGGCCGAUUGUUUACCGCAUCCCUGAGAACGAAACCGAGCUGGAGAAACGCCUGCGACACCUGAGGCAGGAGACGGAGGACUGGAACCACGACUUCUGGACCAAGCAGAACGUCACCUUCAGCAAGGAAAAAGAGACGUUCAUCAUCUCACAACUGAAAGCGAAAGGCUUGACUGUGCGUGACGAGCAAGGACGGCGGCGGGCCCUGAGCAGUGAAGAAAUGGCGGUGUUUUACAAGAGCUUCCUGGACAAAAACAGAAUACGACAUGCAAAUUAUAACAAAGAAUGGUACCGACGUAACUUCACCAUCACGUUGCUGAUGGCCCGAGUCGCCCUGAACAACAUGUGGAAGACAGUCAGCGAUCGAUACAGCAGAAAGAAAAACAGCACCCCGAACUCAUGAUGAGACAUAAAACACACACCCGCCUACAGAUCUGUGUUGUCACUGCUUCUUCUGAUAGUUCCAGGAAUUACUGAACUUUCGGUCUUGUCUGUUUCUUCUAGUUCUGACGCCUGAUGGUUGAUUUGAUCAUAUCUCAGCUCAGGAACUGAAAUAAGUUUCUACAACUCACUUGAGACGGACAGAAAUAUGAGCUGUCGAUUUGAAUAAUUCAGCCUCUACAUCUGGCUUAUAAUUGCACUGAAAAAUACAUAAAUAAGAUUCACGUCAGCAGGAUGUUCCCCUGAAACAUCAGAUGUAGGCUGCUAACACCUGCCUGGUAUUAAACAACUGUUCUGAUUCUUUGAGGAUUUGCAGACGUUUGUUUUGAAGUCAGAUCUUGAGACUUCUCUGCGAGCUGUGUUGUGUUCAUGUUUGUUGAGGCAACGGAUGGAAGAGAAACUGUUAUUUGUCUCAAAGUUUUGUGUAAAUGUCGCUCAGUUAUUGAUGCAAUGCAUAAGAGAAAUAACAGAAAUAUUCUGAUUUUGGAUGUUUGUAAUAAACUAAAGGAUUAUUUCAUCGG